UCGAAACCGUCUGAGCAUGGCUUCCGUUUCGAGCAGACUGAAUAUACAAUUACGUGAUGUUUUAGUAUUAAAACAAUGUUUAAAAAGGUAUUUUUCAACGUGUAGUAUUUCUAGAAACAACACACUUAAUACCCAACCAGCGAGGGAACGUAGAUCGUGGCAGGUUUCUCAUUGCAAACUUCGCAUUGUGCAGCAGAGAGGACUUUCUUCACAUACUCUUCAUACAGAUUCCAAAAAUGACAUAAAUCCAUUCCAGCUGGCUAAACCAGAGAUUGAUCAUAUAUGUAACAAUAUAAAUAAGACAUUUAGAACACAUUUGUCUGAGCUGAGAGAAAUGGCACAAUACUACUUUGAUGGACAAGGGAAAACUUUUCGGCCUCUGAUAGUGCUCCUAAUGGCAAAAACCCUCAAUGCUCAUGAGAACACCUCAGAUGUAAUUUCACAGUCCCAAAAGCAAGUAGCCAUGAUAACAGAAAUGAUUCACACUGCCAGUCUAGUACAUGAUGAUGUGAUAGACAACUCCUCUACAAGACGCGGAAAACCCACAGUAGACAACAGAUGGGGGCAAAGAAAGGCCAUCUUGGUAGGGGAUUAUAUACUUUCUGUAUCCUCCAUGCUUCUGGCCCAGCUACGAAAUGAGGAGGUGGUCAAAAUAUUGUCUCAGGUCAUCGAAGAUCUAGUUAGAGGGGAAUUUAUGCAGCUAGGAUCAAAAGAAGAACCAAAUGAUAGAUUCAACCACUACUUGAAGAAAACAUACAAGAAAACGGCAAGCCUUAUGGCAAACAGUUGUAAAGCAGUUGCUGUUUUAAAUAACUGUAGUGAGGAGAUAACUCAGGUAGCUUUUGAAUAUGGACGGAAUAUAGGAAUGGCAUUUCAGCUCAUAGAUGAUCUGCUAGAUUUUACAUCCCAAGAAAGCAUUAUGGGUAAACCUACAGCUGCUGAUCUGAAGCUAGGGCUAGCUACUGCUCCUGUCCUAUAUGCAGCUCAGGAACACAGGGAACUAAAUGCAUUGAUAAUGAGACGAUUUUGUCAUGAAGGAGAUGUAGAAUUAGCCAGAAACCUAGUUGCCAAGAGUGAUGGUGUCUACCAAACUAGACUGUUAGCUGAAGCUCACAGUGUUGCUGCCAUAAAAUUACUUAAUGAACUGAGACAUUCUAAAGCCAGGGAUGCAUUAGAAAAUGUGGCCUCCAUGGUACUAAGCAGGAAAAAAUAACACAAAGGAACUUAGGGGACCUAAUUCAAUUGUGCUUAUUGUUAUGAUAAUAUUGUUGGCCUUUUGUAUAAUCAUUUUUAACAAAUUGCUUGCAAUGUCCUUGCAUAUAUUUCUCCCAUUUUUUAGAAUAAUAAAUUUAUAUGUUAAAGAGA